AUGCUGAAGUCACGCCUCACCGACGGUCAGCUCGCCAGCCCGGCAUGCACUGUAGCACCUCAGCUCAACCCAGCCAGGGUUGUGCUUUCCAUCUUGCCCCAUGCAGCCAGCAGAUCCUCGCAUCUUGGUUCCUUCCGUAACUCCCACCGCGGCACCGCAAUGCACCUUGGUCCAGAUGAUGUCUAUCACUGGGUCAGCUUCCCGAUCCAGGGAUGCCGAUUUUGCCGGUCUAGAUUGCUGCAUGCGGUGAACCUGCACAUCUAG